AUGGGCUUCGUCUACACGGACCGCGGCAACUGGAGCAAUUUCCUGCCCAUGGGGUUUGACGGCGUCUUCAGGGGCGCCAGUGUCGUGUUCUUCGCCUUCCUGGGCUUUGAGAUGAUGGCCACGGGCACCGAGGACUCGGUCAACGGGGCGCGCGACAUCCCCAUCGCCAUUGCCAUCAGCGUGGGCGGCUGCACCGUCCUCUACCUGCUGAUGGCGCUCGCAGUGACGGGCAUUGUGCCGUGGAACACCAUCAGCGAGAGCGCCCCCUUUGCUGACGCCUUCAAGAGCCGCGGCUGCCUGUGGAUGGCCAUCAUCUUCGCCCCGCCCGACCGCGCGAACGACCCCCACUCCUUCCUCCCGCCCCCAGGCAUCAUGGACACCAUUGUGGUGGUGCAGUACUCCAUGAGCCGCACCUUUGUGGUGCUGGGCCGCAUGGGCCUCGUGCCACCCGUACUGGCGCGUGUGCACCCCAAGACCCAGACCCCCAUCGUGUCUGUCGUGUUCUGCGGCCUCCUGUCUGCCGUGCUGGCGCUGUUUGUGCCCAUCACGCAGCUGGCGGACCUCACCAGCUUGGGGGCGCUAUUCGCAUUCUGCGUCGUCUGCUCUGCCGUCAUCUUCAGGCGCUACUACCAGCCGCCGGACGUCCCCGACAACAUGCCCGGCCUGACAGGCAAGCAGGGCGCCCCCCUGUGGCACGUGCUGAUCCCCUUCCUCUCCAUCAUUGGGGGGUCCCUGGGUCUCGGCUUCUCCGUUGCCACCAACUGCCACUACGGCGUCUACAUAGCCAUGGCCGCCUGGUGGUUCCUGGCCACCUUGUACAUGUGGCUGGUGCUGCCGGUCGUGUUUGUGCCCACCAAGCUCAGGACGCCCCUCUUCCCCUUGUGGCCCUCCACCGGGGUCAUGACGACCAUCUUCCUCAUCUCGUCCCUGGGCCCCACCAACUGGGCGCGCUGGGGCUAUGGCUGCCUGGUGGGCGUGGCGCUGUACUCACUCUACGGCAUCGUGGAGCUCAUCUACAACAGGAUCCACGGCCCGCCCCCGCCGAUCAAGCGCCAGCAGUACGAUGACGAUAGCGUCCCUGGUCACCAGGGUGACGCCAAGGACCUGGAGGCCGACCCUGUCGUCAGGACGGCCCAAGAGUGA